CAGCCGGUCGCCGCACGCGUGUUUGAGAUUCAUUUCGCAUUCUCGAGGAAGAAUCGCGAACCGGUUCCACGGGGAACGUACGACGCGCUCUGGUUUAAAGGAAGCAGAAAUAAUGCGUCGUCCACCGGGAAUCGUGCAGAGGACAUUGUUCCUGAUCCUGUUGCUCGCGGUCUAUGCAACUUCGGCGAAGCAACCACAUAUUAUCUUCAUCCUAGCAGAUGAUUUGGGAUGGAACGACGUCGGCUUUCACGGUUCCGGUCAAAUCCCAACACCGAAUAUCGAUGCACUGGCAUAUUCUGGGCUGCUUCUUGAUAGAUAUUAUGUCACUCCGAUCUGUACACCGUCCAGAAGCGCUCUAAUGACGGGCAAAUAUCCCAUUCACACUGGAAUGCAGCACGGCGUUCUCAAAGGUGCGGAGCCCAGAGGAUUGCCACUUCACGAGAAACUCUUGCCGCAAUAUCUGCGUGAGCUUGGAUAUAGCACGCACAUUGUCGGCAAAUGGCACCUAGGAUUUUACAAAAAGGAAUACACCCCCACUUACAGGGGAUUCGAUACUCAUACUGGCUUCUGGACAGGUCAUCAUGAUUAUUUCGAUCACACGGCUGUUGAAAACCCUUACUGGGGAUUGGACAUAAGACGGGGUAUGCAACCGGCAUGGGAUCUGCACGGUCAAUAUUCUACAGAUAUUUUCACGAAAGAGGCGGUGAGAUUAAUUGAUAACCACAACUCUAGUCGACCGAUGUUCCUAUACUUGGCUCACGCGGCCGUGCACUCCGGAAACCCUUAUAAUCCGCUUCCGGCGCCGGACGAGGAAGUGGCUAAGUUCAACAAUAUCUUUGAUUACAAUCGAAGACGUUUUGCAGGUAUGCUAAGCAAACUAGAUCAAUCCGUGAGCCAAGUAGUUGAAGCUUUGCGUAAAAGAGACAUGUUGCGAGAUAGUAUAAUCAUCUUCUCGUCGGACAACGGUGGACCUGCCGUUGGAUUUAAUUUGAAUGCAGCGUCUAAUUGGCCGCUGAGAGGGGUCAAAAAUACUCUUUGGGAAGGCGGCGUCAGAGGUACGGGAUUAAUAUGGUCACCCAGACUGGUGCGACCUGGCCGCGUAAGCAAGCAAAUGUUACACAUUACGGAUUGGCUGCCGACGCUUAUAACAGCCGCCGGUGGUGAUCCAUCGAACUUAACUGUCGACGGCAUGGAUCUGUGGAAUGCGCUUAGCGAAGAUACUGAGUCACCGCGCGCGAACGUUCUUCAUAAUAUUGACGAUAUUUAUGAUGUGUCCGCUAUAACGGUUGGCGACUGGAAGCUCAUUCGAGGAUCUACUUACAAAGGAGCAUGGGAUGGAUGGUACGGUCCAUCUGGUAGGGAAUGGGUCUAUGACGUGGACAGGGUGAUUAGCAGUACGACGGCAAAUGCCAUCGCCAGUGUUGGUUUAGGCAUUACUGCAGAUGUUGUUUUGAUGUUACGUGAAAACGCGUUAAUCAAGUGUCCGCCGCGGAAUGACAAUCUGCCCAUCUGCAAACCAUUGGAGGAAGCAUGUCUCUUCAAUAUCUACCAGGAUCCUUGUGAAGACAAUAAUCUUGUUAAACAGUUUCCUACGAUCGUCAGAAAACUGCAGGACGAACUGAAGAAGUUCAACAGUAGCGCACUUCGGCCCGGAAAUCUUCCGUGGGACAGUAAAGGCGAUCCGAAUUUAUGGGAUCAUACUUGGAAUAAUUUCGGAGAUUAUAUUAAUGUUAUGGUAAACGCUGCAACCUGAUCGAUUUUCUCAAAUAGAUUUUCGAAAAUCUCAAGAAUUUCAUCUUUUCCUGUAAAAUAAUACAAUUCUUAUAAAACCAGAAAAUGUGUUGCCCAUAUUAGCCCAUAUUUGUAUGCGAA